GGUAAAAAAAAUUUUCACGGGACUAUCUGAAUGUAAGAAUUUUUAACUAAUUAAGUUUUUAUCUUCUAAAAUGAAAAUUAUUUUGUUUCUGCUGCUGUUUUUAAUCAUUAUACAAAGGUCGACACCAAAGAGACUGAAAAGAAAGGUAGCAGUCUUGACAAAUUCUUCAAAUGUCCAAAAUGUAAAUAUAAAUUGCCACAACUGCAGGAGAGCUAUCCAAGAUUCCGAAGGAUUCAUCACGUCCGUGAGCAACGCAUCCACUUAUUUCCAAGAACUAAUUUAUGGAUGGACCAUUGAGGUUCCAAUGCAUCACGAUAUUUUCUUGAGCUUUUGGUGGCCAACCGAAGCGAUGGCUCUCAACGAAUCAUCCACAUGUGGAAACUGCAAACCCUAUUUUGAGAUUAUCUAUGGUUAUUCCUCCAGUGAGUCAACUUUCAAGAUCGAGAAGUUUUAUAAUAUCAGACAACUCGCAAAUCUGAGUGUUCCGAGUCAUAAAACAGAAAUUCGUUUUUACUCUGGUGUCCAGUGCAAUGAAUCUCGAAAGUUGGGGAACGCUGAUUUUUCAAUACAUUUCAAAGCUAUACCCUUCGAAACAGAAUGGAGUAUGUACACCCUCUUUUCGGUCUUGAUUCCAGCAGCUUUUGUUUUUCUUGGAAUAGCAUACUUUUGUGUCAUUAUGAAGAAGAAAGAAGAGCAAAAUCAGGAUGCUUUGACUUUACCCAUACCAAUCUAUGUUGACUUGGAAAACUCGGGAAGUGAAUUUAAAAAAUGCAAGAUCAACGAAAAGCAAAAUCGAGGACGCGGUCUGCGCCUGAGAACUCAUCAUAGCUCACAAUUAGAAGAACCAAAAGAAAUAACUGUGAUUUCAUCCCUCGUCGAGGGAGAAGCAUCGGAAUCUAGUCUUCGCCCUGAAGAGCUCAUUACUCCUGAUUCAUCAAAUCCAGUUCCAGUUAAACUGACUGAAACAAAAAAGCACUUUGUUAAAAAGAGGCUUCCUCCUAAAGUCAAUUUGUUAAAUAGAUUUACAAGAAGUGCGGCCUCUACUCCAAGGUAUGCAAGCUUUUAUGAUGAGGCUUACAACGAAGACAGGCUUUCAAAAAGCGAUAUCGUCAUUUUCGAGAAAAGGAAAGUUAGUAGAGAAAAGGGAUCAAAAAUUUUCAAUUUCGAUGUUCUGCCAGGGCAAGACACAAUGACUCAACCAGAAUUAGAGACCUCCGUUUUCUUGCAUUCGUCGAGUGCGUCAAGUAAUGAUGGUUUGCCAAAUGAAUCAAAUCGUGAAUUUGUGAGUCCUAAAUAGAACCAAGAUUUGUUCCAGUGCUGAUGAAAGUAUACAAGAUUCACAUCUUUAGUGAAAAGUUUUAUGCCUUAGCCAGGCCUUUUUUAAAGAGUUCAGAAAACUGAAAGUCGUCACGGUUCGUGUUUGGCAUUUAGUUCAUUUUAGAUCUAUGGUUUAUGUGCUAUUUAUAUUAUAUGAUAUUAUAAUACAAAAAAUUUAAAUUUAUUGGAUUAAAGUUUAUUUAUAUUUUUGCCGAAAUUAGCAAUUUAUUUAUUUUGCUUUUAAUAUGUAAUAUUUGAUAAUUUUGCUGAA